AUGUCCGAUAACAAUCCCCAUCACCCUGGGGUACGCAGCUUGUUAGCCAAGUUUGAAGGCCAAAGCCCUAUCGCCUCUCCGCCGCCUCGUGGCCGAUCGCCAACUGCGUCAGACUCCUCAGGAACAGUUCGGCAGCUGUCCAAGGUCAGGGCUAGCUUUAUCACUGUGGACGGGGUCAUUCAGUCGAAUCCUGCUUCGCCGUUGAGGAAAACAAGUGGGCGCAGUGAUAGUCCUGGAAUGUUUGGACCAAAAAUCAAUUCGGGGGGUGCGGAGUCGGGCCGGCAGGGUAUGAUCUCCCCCACCCCGGUCAGUCGCCUAGACCACACACAGAACGCGACUCUCGGACAGAUAAUGGCUGAGGGUCGACCGGAGGAAGCCAUUGAAAACAAGAGUGAACGGAAUCAGACUGCCGAGGAGGAACCCGCAGCGCGCACUGAGACCGAAUUUCGGUCACGAAACACCCCACCAAAGCAGACAGAGGACUCUGCCUCCACGGAUUCCAAGUCGACAAGCUCCGACACCCCUUCGCAAAAGUCAGAUUCGUCAGUAGUGAUCAAGAAGAAGCCUUCCUCAGUUGGCUCUGCCCGUAAUGCAGCGAGCAAGGCCGUGCCAACUACUGCAGCUUCAACUGGCGCGAAGCCUGCUGCUCACAAUACAAGCUCCAAGCCCACAGCUCGCGAAGUGGCUAAAGAGCGCGUCAACUCUCUGGCCCACAAACCGAGUCGUGUCUCACUGAAUCCUAAGACAACAACACGGUCAACCCGCGGCUCAGCACCGGCACAAGAUACUUCAAAGCCACAUGCCGCAGGUGUAUCCAGCAAGCCAGUAAUGAAAUCCCCGCCGAAACCUGCCCGUGUACCGGGCUCGAUGAAUACGUCAACCCACGCAUCUGCUGCUAAGCUAGGGAGCACAGCGGCUCCGAGCACUCGCACUGCUACCAGUGCAUCAACCCUCAAAAGAAAGCCUUCAUCCCUCAAAAGUGCAACUGGGGCCCAGUCGCGUGCCACUACUCCUAGUACCAGUAUCCGCAGACAAGCUUCUCGCCCUUCGUUGCCCGCUCAGGCAGCUAAUGAUACAAGCACUAAGCCGGUCAAUGAGGGUUUCCUUGCGAGAAUGAUGCGGCCUACUGCUAGCUCUGCGAACAAGUCCCAUCCUCAUGAAAAGACCGAUGCAAAGCCUGUCACCAAGACAACCUCUGUUUCCAAGGCCCCCAGGCCGUCAACCGGGAGGGUGCCAGAUCGCGGCGUCCACCAGGUGAAGCCUAAGAGCACCGUCCUUCGACCUCAGGGUCAGAAAUCCCAGGCUCUGAACAAGGAACCUGCGCCACGGAAAGAUGAACAUAAGCCUUCCCAAAAGAAACAGGAAAGUGAGAAAGAGAACAUUGUGGAGCCUAUCACAGCCAGUCCGAAGGAGCCUGCGACAGUGGAAUCCGCUCCGAUUGCGGCUGUGGAACAGACCGAGGCUGCUUCCAAGCCAGUCGAGGAGACCGCUUCCCCUGCUCAGGUUGAGGAGCCUACUUCUGAAGUUGCCAUCGCAUCUGCUGAGUCAACUGAGAAGUCAAUUGAAGUGCCUGAGCCGAUCGUCGAGGAGAUAGUGACUGAGAGCUCCUCUGACCCCGUCCCAAUCGAAGAUGCUACAGAGGUGUCGGCUGAGCCUAUCGAUUCCAACGAGGACCAGGCUUCAGCCGAGGCUGAGGUGGAUGCUCCUGUUGAGGCCCUUAUUGAGCCCAUCGCUGAGGAUGUUGAGGAAGAGAAGGCUGCUGAGACCAUCACCACAGCUGAAGAGAUUGCCGCAGAGACCAUGGCGAUCCCAACGGCUGGCGAUCAAGUGAAGGUCGAUGAGAAGCAAGAAAUCUCGAUCCCUGAACCAGAGGUGCUCGAGACUCUGGAGUCAACAGAGGUCCACGUCGAGGCUCCCGAAGAAGAUGAUGAUGUGCCAGUGAAGGAGAUUACUAUCCCUGAAACUUUGAAAGAGGCCGCAGAGGAGAACCCCGCCGAAGCCAAGUCUACUGAGGAGCCUGCCACUGAUGCGCAAACCGCAACUGAGGCUGAGUCGCGCAACGUCGCCAUCGAUAUUGCCAGUCUGGCAUUGAACUAG